GGGACGAGGCGAUGUUGCGAGCGAUGCUGAGCUGAGCAGCAGCUGGCCGGGGAUGAAGCGCCCCCUGAGCCCGUCCCACUCCCCUCGGAGAGGAAUCUGUGGGAACCUCACCGAGAGUACGACUAUAGGAUGUCCACCAGAGCAGCGCUCCAAGAGGGAGAAGAAGCGCCCAUCAUUCACACUCUGUGAGGUGUGCAAUAUCCAGCUCAAUUCAGCUGUACAAGCCCAGAUCCACUAUAAUGGAAAGACCCACCAGAAGCACCUCAGGCAGCUCAACAAAGGCAAGGUCCUGCCAAAUCAAGGUCCAGCCAGCCACAAUAGCCCCCUCUUAUCAUCACUUCCCAUUCCAGGACGGUCUCUACAUCCACCACUGGACAUCAAGCAUUUUCUGACCUUCCGCCUCAAUGGGACGCCCCCGCUCAACCUCUUUCCCAACUUCAACAUGAUGGAUCCUGUACAGAAAGCAGUUAUCAACCACACCUUUGGCUUACCCAAUCCACUCAAGAAGAAACAGUUCAUCUCUUGUAAUAUUUGCCACCUAAGAUUCAACUCUGCGAAUCAAGCAGAGGCACAUUACAGAGGCCACAAGCAUGCCCGGAGACUCAAAGCAAUUGAAACAGUGAAAAAUAAUCACAAGAUGGCUGACCGUAGCAGCAGCAGCCGCCAAGAAAAAACGCCUGACUUUGACACUGCAUUAGAUCUCAGCGGAGACACCAGCAGCAGCAAUGCAGCACAACCCAAUGGCCUGCUAGAACUGAACCAGCCAACGGCGGAGCGCUGCAACCUCAUGCUGAUGUCCCCGAUAGAGGAAUCUGCUGAGCUAGCUAGCAGCAUCCUGUCCUUAGUCUCCCCAUUGGCUUCAGAGCCCUCGGAAGGAGCUCCAGACACUGCAAGUGUGGCAUCAUCGUCUGCAGUACCUGCAGCAGAGAUUCCAGCCACUGAAUCAGGCACAAGCACCAGCUCAACACCAGACAUGGAGAAGGAGGGGAAGAAAAACAAGCAGCACCUGUACUGUCCCACUUGCAAAGUGACAGUCAACUCUGCCUCUCAGCUGGAGGCUCAUAAUUCUGGAGCAAAGCACAAGUCAAUGCUGGGAGGCAAGGCCAUUUUGCCCAGGCGAGGCUGGGGAAAGGUCCUCUCUCGAGUGGGGCACAAGCCCAAACGUAUUGGCAGCAAAGGCAGCCUUAGCAUCCAAAACAAAGCCUUCCAAUGUCAGGUGUGCGAGAUCUUUGUCAACUCAGAAACCCAGCUAAAUCAGCACAUGAGCAGCAGGCGGCACAAGGACAGACUUGCAGGGAAGCCACCAAAACCCAAAUACAGCCCAUACAGCAAACUGCAGAAGAAUACGGCCCUGGCAGUGAGUAUUCUGAAGUCCAAACUGGCUCUCCAGAAGCACCUUACGAAGACUUUGGCUGCACGGUUCCUACCAAGCCCCCUCAACCCAGCCACCAUGUGUGCUCUGCCCAGCCCGCUAACACUCCGACCAGCUGCUGCUACCCUCUUCCAAGCUCCUAUCUUUGGACCAGCGCUUUUCCGAACCACCCCAGGUCCUGUGCGGGCAGCGACAGGCCCCAUCGUCUUUGCUCCCUACUAGAGAACCUCAGUACUAUUUCUCACUCAGUUAACCAAUGAAGUUCAAGAAAUGGCAGUACAAGGAAAAAUAGGGGGAAAUAGGUGACUUAACAGGGCUGUCUUCUGAGCAAAGGUGAAUCAGAAUCUUUCUACUAUUGU